AUGUCUUCUUGUCGUGUUGCGGCUUGCGUGGCCGCGCUGGCUGCGGUGUGCUUCGCCCUGCCCAACGCUGUUCUAACACUCGACCUGAACAAGCUUUACGGGCAUCAUACCAAGCGAUCUGAGUACUGCCACCCGUAUGAGCCGUUCAAGUGCCCUGUGGACGGCAACUGUAUCUCCAUCCAGUACUUGUGCGAUGGCGCACCAGACUGCAUCGACGGCUACGACGAGGACUCCAAACUUUGCACUGCUGCAAAAAGACCGCCAGUUGAAGAGACGGCAUCUUUUCUCCAAUCGUUGUUGGCUUCACAUGGACCCAAUUAUCUGGAGAAGCUAUUCGGGAGCAAAGCGCGUGAUGCACUGGAACCACUUGGUGGGGUUGAGAAAGUUGCCAUCGCCCUGUCUGAAUCUCAAACUAUCGAAGACUUCGGAGCAGCUCUGCAUCUAAUGAGAUCGGACUUGGAACACCUCCGCUCCGUCUUCAUGGCUGUCGAGAACGGCGACCUCGGAAUGCUGAAGUCCCUCGGCAUCAAGGACUCCGAAUUGGGAGACGUGAAAUUCUUCCUGGAGAAACUGGUGAACACCGGUUUCCUUGAUUGA